AUGCUGGGUGUAUCCAGGGGGAUCAGACCCCAGCGCCCCGGGGAGCCCCGUGCUGGGCAGGUGCUGGGUGUAUCCAGGGGGGGGUCAGACCCCAGCACCCCGGGGAGGCCCGUGCUGGGCAGCGCUGGGAGUAUCUGGGGGGGGUCAGAUCCCAGCGCCCUGGGGACCCUUGUCCUGGGCGGUGGUGGGUGUAUCCAGGGGGAUCAGACCCCAGCGCCCCCGGGAGCCCCGUGCUGGGCAGCACUGGGCGUAUCCGGGGUGGGGUCGGACCUCAGCAGUCCAGAGAGCCCCAUUCUGCCUGUGCCGGUGUCUGCCCCAAUCGGUGUCUCCGCCCCUGUGCCCGGCACAGUCUCUGCCCUACGGCCCGCCCCCCGGGUCAGUGUUACUGUCACUCCCCUCCCGCUCCCCCCACGGCCCUGCCCGCCCGCAGGGCUCCGCCGGGUAAGGGAGGGGUUCGGGGCGGGGGGCUCCGGCUGUUCCCCCCCAUGGGCUGCGAGGCCGGGGGCAGGAGGGGGAGGGGCAGGCGGCGGGUCCCUGAGCCCGGCCCCAUCUCCCGCAGGGCGGUUCGUGAUCCAGGCGAAGUCAGAGUGUCUGUUCACCAACGGCACCGAGCGGGUCCGGUUCCUGGACCGCUACAUCUACAACCGGCAGCAGUACGCGCACUUCGACAGCGACCUGGGGGUGUGGGUGGCGGACACGGAGCUGGGGCGGCCCGACGCCGAGUACUGGAACAAGGACCCGGCGAUCCUGGCGGACGCGCGGGCUGCGGCGGACACGUUCUGCCGGUACAACUACGAGGUGGACACACCUUACACCAUCGACAACGAAACCGGAGAGGUGGAGGGGGGGCGGGGCGCGUGCGUGAAGUGGGGACACGCGGGGGGGGGGGUGCCGGCUCUCGUGGUCACGGGCAGGGGGUUGCGCGUGGUCAACGGGCAAGGGGGAGGGGUCACCAAAGCGGCAG